UCUAGUAGAUAUUAGCUGCAGAGCUAGAGAUGAAGGGAGGCAUCUGCUCUGUGUUUUUCCUGGUGACUCGGGUGAUCGUGCUCAGUGGCCUCGGCUGCCUGGGUGAACUCGAGUCUACAGAUGAUAGUGUCGGCACGGGGAAGACGCAAGAGCCCAGGCCCCCACACCUUAUCUUUAUAAUGGUAGAUGACCAGGGUUACGGAGACAUUGGCUACCAUGGCUCUGAUAUCCACACUCCUGUGCUGGACCAGCUGGCAGCAGAGGGGGUCAAACUUGAAAAUUAUUAUGUCCAGCCAAUCUGCUCACCUUCUCGCAGUCAACUCAUGACAGGGCGCUACCAGAUUCACACUGGCCUCCAGCAUUCAAUCAUCCGACCACGUCAACCCCUCUGUCUGCCCCCUGACAUUCCCACUUUACCAGAGCGCCUGGUUGAAGCUGGAUACGCCACACACAUGGUGGGUAAAUGGCACUUGGGCUUCUGCAGGCCAAGCUGCUUACCCACGGGACGCGGCUUUCAGAGUUUCCUGGGCACACUGACUGGCAGUGGGGAUCAUUUCUCCUAUCAGAGCUGUGAUGGGGCUGAAGCUUGUGGAUUUGACCUGCAUGAUGGAGACAGACCUGCAUGGGAGAUGACUGGCAACUAUUCCACUCUGCUCUACAUAGAAAGAGUGAAGCAGAUCCUGAGGAGCCACGACCACCGUACACCACUCUUCCUCUAUCUGUCCCUUCAGGCUGCCCAUACACCCUUACAGGUACCUGACCAUUUUCUGCACCCCUAUGAUUCUCAGGGCAAUCGUCUCAGGCGCCACUACGCAGCCAUGCUGAGCUGCCUGGAUGACGGGGUUGGACAAGUGGUCCAGGAACUGAGGACUAGUGGGCUCUAUCAAAACUCAGUACUGAUCUAUUCAUCUGAUAACGGUGGGCAGCCACUCUCUGGGGGGAGCAACUGGCCGCUGAGAGGUGGCAAAGGGACCUACUGGGAAGGAGGCAUCCGGGCUGUGGGCUUUGUCCACAGUCCCCUCCUGAAGAGGAAGGGUGUAGUCAGCAAGGCACUGAUCCAUGUUUCUGACUGGUAUCCCACAUUACUAGGGCUUGCUGGGACCCUACAGACCCAGCGUGGCCUAGACGGUCAUGAUGUGUGGGGGACCAUCAGUGAGGGCCUACCCUGUCCUCGCACUGAAAUCCUUUUCAACAUAGACCCAGUCUCCAGGAGGCCUGGGGAGCCAUAUUACAUGGCACUGGUGCUCAACGGCUUUGGGAUCUGGGACACAGCAGUAAGAGCAGCAAUAAGGGCUGGUGACUGGAAGCUGUUGACAGGAAAUGUGGGUGAUGGGGACUGGAUACCACCACAAGCCCUUCCAGGUGGUCCAGAACGGUGGCAGCGACUCGAGAAGCGGCGUAAUAAACUGGGAAAGUCAGUUUGGCUGUUUAAUCUUUCCUCUGACCCCUAUGAGAGGUUCGACAUGGCAGAAGCACGUCCAGAGGUAGUGAAACAUCUGCUGAUCAGGCUGGCAGAGUACAACCAGACAGCUGUGAUGGCCAGAAAUCCACCAGAUGAUCCUAUGGCUUACCCUGAGCUCCAUGGUGGGGUAUGGAGCCCCUGGAUGGGCCUGGAGGGGCAAGAGCGGGAUAGUGGAAAAGAGAAUGGCAGAAAAGAAAGGAUGACAAAGACUAGGCACUGCAGAGUAUGCAAAUUAAAAGCCCUCUUUAAGAGGGUGGGGUCACGCCUGCAGAGGAACUCUCUGUUCAUCUAAAUGUCUCAUCAAGCAACUUUUAUAGGACUAAAGGAUUCAGUGUGCUUCAAAUGAAAUAGGUCAUAUGAAGGCAAAAGUGUUUAUACCUGUUCCUGUUUAUACUCCUCUCUCUUCAAAGGCAUUCAUGGUGUUGGCUUUACUCAGCACGCUUGGCCAACUGCUACAUAAAUUAGACGGUGAAAGAGCAGAGACCAACAAAGAUUCUUUACCGCAAUCAAUCAAUGGACAUUGUGGUUGUGUGGUGUGCGUCUUAACCAGUAGUUUACCAGAGCGUUCCAAUGUUGUUGAUUUCAGAAAGAUACAAAAAUGUGUUGGGGGAGGGGGUUUCAGACUAAUCCAAUGACAAACACUUCAUUUGAAGCAUACUGAUGCCUUCAUUAGGAGGAAUUGAGAGGGAAAUAGAGUUGGAGACAAAUGAACCCAAAUACAGUCCAGCAGACAAGCAGGCAGGUCAGAUAGACAAGAUAGUCUCACAAUCAAAUACUGAAGCUCGGCAGAUAAACAGGCAGCCUGAUAGACAAAGCAGACAGGGCUGUGCGGCUGGCUGAGCAAGCUGACUCACUCACUGUCCUGCGGCCAAACUGCAGCAGGGUGACUUUGGUCCGUCGUUGGACUGCGUAGGGAGCAAUGUGUGUGUCACUGUGCAUGUAUGCCUGUAUUCAUGAGUAUGUUCUGAUUAAUACAGAGAGAUAGAGUGCGUGCAUGUUGAAGUGAAGCCUGAAGAGAUUGGAAGAGAAGAGGAAAAGCACGCAGGGUGACCUCUCGAUGUCUCAUCUCCUAAUCAUCCGAAUGGACCCUUUAAGGAUGACACAGAGACACCCACAGGGGUUGUUUUUGUCAAAUGUCACCUUGUUCUUUUGUUCUUAGGGGUUAUACAGAUUCACUUCCGCUCAUAGUAUGCUCCUCUGCCUUUGAAAGACCUCUGACCACCACACAUUGUAAAAUCCCUGUUGCAAUGACUAAACAAAGGCUCAGUAGAUGAUAUUAUCAGUCUAUUGUGAACUUCUAAAUGUUUCUAAACUCAUAUACUGUGUUAUGAAAUGCUGGGAAACAGGUUGAAAUUAUCUGAAUA